UUGUUCGCAUUUCCCAGAACAGAAAUUUGAUAAAAUUCCCAUUUCCAUACAAAUCCACCGUCCUCUUCGGGAAUUGGGAUUAGUGUGGUUCCGCAGCAACGCGGAAAGAUCAAUUUCUUCUCUUCGAUGUUGCACUCUUCAGCUUCGUUCUCGAUUUACGCUGAUGAUCAGAAUCAGGAGCAAGUCGUGGGGUUAGAAGCAUUUGAAAAGGUUAUCACGAUUGAAGUGAGCAAAGAAGCUCUGGGUAGUGGUAGCGACUUCAGUUUUUCCAAAGGGGCUAUGGGGUUGAUUCAAGAGGAAGAAAUGGAAGACGAAGAUGGUCUCCACUCGGUUAAGAAAUGGGGUUUUGACGACGGCGAAAUUGACCUCAGACCAGCCAGUCCUCCGCUGUACCUAGCGGCAGGGCUUGGAAUGGAUGCUUCUGGUCUCGGCGGUGGUUAUGAUCCUGUCGAUUUUUAUGACGAGAAGAUAGUGGAUGAGCCUCCCUCGCUUCUGAGAAACUAUGUGCAGUCUUUAUGGUCAGACGGAAAACUUGAUGAAGCCGAGGAACAGUGCUAUCAAGCUACAUUAACAUAUCCUGAAGAUGGUGAAACUCUGAUGCUGUAUGCUCAGUUGGUCUGGGAACUCCAUCAUGAUCAGGCUAAAGCCUCAAGUUACUUUGAACGAGCAGCUCUUGUUGAUCCAAAUGACAGCCAAAUUCUUGCAGCACGUGCUAAAUUCCUGUGGGAACGGGAGAAUGAUGAGGAAGAUGAAACUAUGACCCCUGGGGAAGAAGACGGGAAAGGAAAAAUUGAACCAGUAGCUGACACUGGUGAGAGUGAUACAGAGGAGUAUUAUAAGAAGAUGCUUAAGGAGAACCCCACUGAUCUGUUGCUUCUGAAAAACUAUGCUCAGUUCUUGUGCAAGCCUAAGGUAGACCUUAGAGGAGCAGAGGAAUACUAUAGCCGUGCCGUACAGGCAGACCUGGUCGACGGGGAAGUGUUAUCAGAAUAUGCAAAAUUGGUGUGGGAGCUACAUCACGACUACCAGAAAGCAUCAAAUUACUUCGAGAGAGCGGUAGAAGCCUCUCCUACAGACAGCCAUGUUCUUGGUGCAUAUGCAAGCUUCCUUUGGGAAACAGAUGAAUACGAGGAGGAAGAUGGGCCAAGCAAAAAUGGCUCUCAAUUGCCUUCAUUAGAAACAGUGGUAGUUUCUGUAGGAAAUGCCUGAACUUUUUAAAAAUGUAGCAAAAUUAGUGAUAUAAUGUAUUAUAUGAUGAACUUGAAGCAAAAUAACAUUGUUCUAGUUUUAUGUAUGAAACAGACAUAGACACUGAAUAAUAAUAACCUGCUGAAAGUUGGUUGUCUUUGAAUCAGAAA